AUGUCUACACAUACCAUUGCACCUGGUGAUACUUUCUGGGCACUUGCUCAACGCUAUGGUUGCUCCUUGGAAGCGAUCAUGGGUGCCAAUCCCGGUGUUAUACCGGAACACCUUCAAGUGGGUCAAGUCAUACGAUUACCUGGCGGUGGUGGAGGAUCGUCGGGUUCAGGAAAUCAAGGCGCAUUGGUACCUAGUGGCAACACACCUCCCGGUGCUCGAUUGGAUACGACACUGAACGGAAGAGUACCAGGCUGGUGUGAACCGUUACGUAACAUGAUCAAUGCGGCUGCACAAAAGACCUACGUUCCAGCAGAUCUGAUUGCUGCUGUCAUCUAUCGAGAGUCAAGUGGUAAUAUCAACGUUAAUGCCACAGUCAAUGCCAAUGGAGGCGCCGAUUCCGGCCUUAUGCAAGUCAAUCAAUAUACUGCCGCCGAACUUGAAGGAAAAUAUCCUGAUCGUUUUGCAGGAAUUGAUGGUGCUGCGAAGAACAUUAUGUUGGGUGCCAGUUACCUGAGAGAUAUGUUCAAUACUGUGGCUGAUCGCAACUGGGACAUUGCUCUGCGAGCUUACAAUUCUGGACCUAAUGGUGUGGACAAAAGUAAUCUAUAUUCCCUACCAACCGGGAUCGGUGAUCGUAACUAUGUCGACAGAGUAUUCCGAUUUUGGAGUGAUAUUUCAGCAGGUCGGGAUCCUCCUGCUGAUCAUUAUGAGUCUGGUUGA